AUGGAUAAAAGCUCUACUUUUAACAUAAAGUCUCAAGGAGACUAGGAGGAUGUAAGUCUGUUAAAUUAAUAAGAGUCUAAAAAAAAUAUGGAAGAUAAAUCAAUAGUAGCUACUUCUAGUUGCUUUAUUGAAAUCCCUUCCUCUUAAAUCUAAAAGGAUCAUUUAUUAAGCUAGGAGUAGCAAAUGUAGCAGAUUGAAUCAAGUUCUUAACCAUUUAGUAUCUACAUGUAAACUCCUUUCAUUCUUAGGGCAUUAAUGAUUGAUAUGCUGAAGCUGCUUUUAAAAGCAGCAAGAGAUUCAAAGUUUUUUAAAAGCUUAACAGUCGCAAAUUUGCCAGAGUUACCUCCACAACAAUAAAUAACUCACAACUACUAAAAAUUUUAAACUAACUUGGAUAGAAAACUAGAAGAAGCUAGGAAAAAUAAUAGGAUUUUAAAUGCACAAGACAUGCUAAAUGUUUUUGUUAAAACAUUUAGUAAAUAGCUAACAGUUACUAUCAUUUUAACUUGUCUGAGCUAUAUGUGUCUCUUUGGUUCUUCUUUGUUAAUAAAAUAACUGAUAUCAUAUAUUUAAAACAAUGGAGUCAAUUAAACAGCAUUAUUGAUAGCAGGUUCAUUGAUAACUUUGAAUAUCUUAUGGGUGUUGUUUCAUCACAAUAACUUAAGAUUAAAUGCAAUGGUUUAAUCUAACUUUCGUAAUAUUUUUAUGAAGGUUUUGUACAAAAAAGUAUCAUCUCUUUCAGCAUUUUCUGUGAAGGAGGCAAAUGUUGGAAAGCUAAUCAAUCUCAUUUCAAAUGAUUUGCAAACUCUUGAAUAAAGGUUCAAUGCCAUAUUUUUCCUGCUUUCCGUACCUUUACCAUUAAUUGCUUCGACUUCAUAUCUUUAUAUCAAGUAUGGAUUCGCAGGUCUUUUUGGUUUUGGACUCUUGAUAAUAACUUACCCUAUCCUUCUUUUUCUAUCUAAAUUGAAUCAGAAGUUCUUUUCAGACAAAAGUAAAUAUACAGAUCAAAGAAUUAAUUUGACCAAAGAAAUUAUAGAGGGUGUUAGACUGAUUAAAAUGUAUGCUUGGGAAGAAGCUUUUUUUCAUAGUAUGAAUGUAGUUAGGAAAUUAGAAUUGAUGAAUAUUCUAAAAAUUACUAUCAUAACUGUUUUAAAUUUUUGCAUUGGACAUACAUUUUCUAUCUUUGGCACUUAUUUUAUUCUUUAUUUUAUGUUUAAUUAUGGUGAAUCAGGAGCAGUAGACACAGCCCUUCUAUUCACAACACUCAACAUACUUAAUUUCACAAAAAAUUAAGCUCUCAAUGUCUUGUCUAUUGGUGUUUCCAAUAUUUUAUAAUUAAAAGUUAUUAUAAAUAGAAUGAUAAGCGUUCUUGUGCUAAAAGAAAAAUCUAUGACAAAAAUAGAAGACGAAGGAGAAGAAAAUGCUUAAACGAAAUUGUGCUAACUACAAAAUGGCUCAGUUAUAUUUUAGAACUUCACAGGAUAUUGGAAAGAAAAUAUUGCAGUAUUAAAUGAUAUUAAUUUAGAAAUAAAUAAAGGAGAACUAGUUUGUAUUGUAGGUUAAGUAGGAUCAGGAAAAACAUCCCUCCUUAAUUGCUUGCUUAAAGAAAUUCCUAUUUACAAAGGAUACUUCAAUUUUUCAGGAAACCUUGCCUAUGUAGAAUAAGAACCUUACAUAUUCAGUAAUACAGUCAAAGAAAAUAUCUUGUUUGGGCGAGAAUACAACGAAGAGCUUUACUAAAAUGUGAUAAAAGCUAGCUGUCUAGAAUAAGAUAUCACUAAAUUUGAAUUUGGGGACCAGACUCACAUUGGCGAAAGAGGAGUUAAUAUAAGUGGGGGUUAAAAAGCUAGAAUUUCGUUAGCAAGAGCUCUCUAUUCAUAGGCAGAUAUCUAUUUGUUUGAUGAUCCACUCUCUGCUGUUGACUCUAAAGUGGCAAAGACAAUAUUUUUCGAAGCAAUCAAAGCAUUUUGUAAGGAUUCAACUGUUAUUCUUGUCACUCAUUAGAUCCAUUUCUCUAGAUUUGCAAGCAAAAUUGUCAUCUUAGAUUAAGGGAGAAUAGUCUAACAAGGUACUUAUGCAGAACUAGAGCAAACACUUUAAAAUUUAUCCAGUGAACUCCACCAUAAUGACCACAAACUUACUGAAAAGAGUGAAGAAAAUGCAAAUAAAUCUGAAAAAUUAUACUAAACUCAACAAAUUAACGAUGAAACAAACAAAAUUGUAAAUAAUUGCUAACCAUAGAAAGAAGUCGUACCAAAAGAAGAAGAUGUAGUUGUAAAUUUAUAAACGUAUUUCGGCUUUUUCAAAGAAUCAGGAAUUAUUUUUGUAAUGCCACUGAUCAUAGUCUUCUAUAUUUUCAGUCACGUAGUUUAUGUUUAAUUCAAUAAGGCUCUUGGAGAGUUCGAUGAAUCAGAAAACAAAUAGGAAUUAAUUCAUAGAAUAGGAUAUAUUGUUUUAAUUUACAUUUUUGCUUAACUAAUAAAGAACAUCUCUCUGUGCUUUGCUAUAAACAAACUGUGUAACAAAUUACUUCACAAGAUGGUAUUAUCUUUGUUGAGAUCUAAAGUACUAUUUUUUGAUGUAACACCAUCUGGAAGAAUUCUGCAAAGAUUUUCGUCAGACAUUGGUCAAAUAGAUGAAAACUUAGCACUGAUUUUAGCUGAUAUUUUUGAAAUAUUCAUAGGAAUUAUAGUUAAUUUUACAACAAUUAUUCUGAUAACUCCUUAUUUUUCUUUUGUAGUUCUAUUCGAAGCAGCUGUACUUUUCUAUUUUUUUAAGAAGUGUAAAUAAGGUAUUAUGUCGACAAAAUAAAUUGAUUUAAAAACAAAAUCUCCUCUCCUCACAUUUUUUAGUUUGAGUAUCUAAGGCGUCUUACCAAUAAAAGUGUAUAAGCAAAAUGAAAAUUUUGAAAAAGAAUUUGAUUUCUUAGCAUCUAAUUAAUUAAGAGCUUCUAUUUACUACUUAGUUUGCCAAAGAGGAUUUGGUGCCUUUAUUAAUUUAUUCACAGCUAUAUGCAACGGUAUGGGAAUAUUUCUAAUUGUUUAUGUCGCGAAUUCUACCUCAGAUAUUGGGCAGUGUAUAAUCUAUUUCGUAAACGGCAUUGAACUUCUCUAAUGGGGGAUGAGAUAACUUGUUAAUUUGGAUGUUGCUAUGACGAAUGUUUAAAGGUGUUUGAAUUUAACAAAAAUAGAGCAUGAACCUUCUUUAAAAACUUAAUAUGAUGGUUAGUUGGAAUAUAAAAGUUAAGAUGAAUAAGUUAAAAAGUUUCCUUUUGAAGGAUAGCUGGUAUUUAAAAAUGUAAAAAUGAGAUAUAGAAAAGACUUAGAUUUAGUAUUUAAAGAUUUAUCUUUUAAAAUAUUACCUGGAAAAAGAGUAGGUUUUGUUGGAAGGACUGGAGCUGGGAAAUCAUCAAUAAUUUAAGCUCUUUUUAGAAUAACAGAAUUAGAGUAUAAUUAAGGAAGGGGUGAUUCAUGUGACAUUUUGUUAGACGGGCAUAGUAUCAAAAAUUUAGGUUUGCACACUUUAAGGGCUGGAAUAAGUAUCAUACCUCAAUCUCCAUUUAUAUUUUCAGGUACAAUAAGAAGAAAUCUUGAUCCUUUAGAUGAAUAUACAGACGAAACUAUAUAUGAAGUUCUUCGUGAUAUAAGCUUAUAUGAAAAAGUGAAUCAGUUACCAAAAAAUAUUUACGAGGAUAUGAGCAAUGCCAGUGAUAUAUUUAGUGCAGGAUAAAAACAGUUAAUAUGCCUUGGAAGAGCAAUUUUAAGAAAGAGCUAACUGAUUGUAUUAGACGAAGCAACUGCAAACGUAGAUAUGCUAACUGAUGAGUUAAUUUAAGAAAAAAUAAGAUAGAAAUUUAAAAACUCCACAGUUAUAACCAUAGCUCAUAGACUAAACACAAUAGCCGAUUAUGACUAAAUUAUAGUGAUGGAAUAGGGAAAAGCUGUAGAAUAAGGAACUCCAUAUGAGUUAUUGUAAAAUUCAAAUGGAAUUUUCUACUAAAUGGUUUAACAUACUGGAGCUAAAAAUGCACUUCUAAUAAAAAGAAUUGCUCAUUAAAAAGAACUUUAAAAAUAAACUCAAGAAGAUAUUUGA